UUACUGGAAAUUGGAAAUUAACAUUACUGGAAAACACCAUGACUGGAUGUUAAUAGGAGGAGAGUGUUAGAGUGAGGGUGGCGGUGUUAACAACAGUGUUGGUACAGUGGAACACCAGCUGGACGCUUGUGUGGCAGCAUGGCAGAUUUCAAGAAUGCUCUGAGGGAAGCCAAGAAGGCUAUGAAGGAAAAUGACUUUGAGUCAGUCAGUAAAUAUUGUAAGAUUGCUCUUAAACAUGAUCGCAAGAACUACAAUGCUCUGUUGUUAUUUGGUCGUGCAUGUCAAGAGCUGGGCAAAUUAGAAGAUUCUAAGAAAGCACUCAUGAUGGCUACUCAAGUUGAUCCCGAGAGUCCUGUAGCUUGGCAGGGUCUUGCAGUGCUGUGUGAAAAACAGCCAAGUAUCACUACCAGAGAGGAGAGUAUUACUAUAUAUACAAGAAUUAUUGACAUCAUUAAAAAUGAUGAAGAGAAAAUUGAUAAUGCAUUCCGAAAAUUAGCAACACUGCAGUUAGAAAAAGAGGGGUACGUCAGUGCUGCAGCCACCCUCCGAAUGCUUGCCCACAGAGUAACUGAUAAAAACAAGAUCAGGGAUGCGUGGCAGAGCAUUGCACAGAUUCUCUCAGGAGUUAAGGACUUGCCUGAGGAACAUGCUCCAAAGUUACAAGAAGCAUUACAACACCUUUUGAAUGAAUCUGUGUUGGGAGACAAUGAAAGUAACUACCAGAUAUAUUUGCGGCUCUUAUAUCGGACAAAACAGUUGAGAAACCUUGUUGUAGCUGCUCAGAAAAUGGCUACAAUUUUCCCAACAUAUUAUCCUCUAGAAUGGAUCUGCCGUAUGUACGUUGAAAUGACUGCCACUCCAAAUAAUGAAGAUGAGUUCCCAUUGAGCAAAGAAGACAUCAGUGAAUAUGUAACCAAACUCUUGAGGCUGAACAAGGCAUCACCUUGGGGUAACCUUGCACAAGGAAUUAUUUACUUGCUAGAUGACCACCAUGUCGAGGCUAAGGCACACCUUAGAGUAGGUGCUGAGCGUGUUGGGAAUAAUCUUCUUGGAUGGAGUAUACUUCUAAAACUUCAAGAAGCAUCUAAUGAUUGGGCUGGUGUUGAAGUAACAUGUAAGAGAUCUCUCAAAAUAAUGGAAGAUGAUCCAAAUGUUACAGUACCUGAUAAUGAAGAAUUUGAGGAAUACUGGACAAAGUUGUUGCUAACACAAGCCAAAGCUUAUGUACAUAUGGGGCAUAAAAAUCAUCUGCAUCAAGCAGUUACUCUUCUGGAGGAGUAUGCAUGCACAAGUUUAGACUGUGGUGUGCUGUUAAUCAAAUCCAGAAUCAAGUUGCAAGAAUUUGACCUGGCAGAAGAUGACCUUGAAAAGUUGGAGGAGGCCUUUGGAGAAGAGUUUAAGUUGAAGCUCGUCUCAGCUUGUCUUUAUCGUGCUCAAGGAAAGAGGCAAGAAGCAUUUCAAAUCUUGGAUGAGCUUGUUCAGGAACACCCAGAAUGUGCAGAAGCUCACCUGGAGUUAGGUCGAGUGUAUUUUGAAAAAGGAGAUCUUAAGAAUGCUCAGAUAAGCUGCAUGAGAGCUGGAAAACUGGAUUCAAAACUUGGACAAGCAUUCUUGUAUUUGGGACACAUAUUCCGUCGCCAGGAUGUAAUGGAAAAAGCUGUCAAGUGCUACGAAAAAUCUUUAUCUUUGAACCCUUGUGAUGAUGAAACUGGAGCAGCGCUGUCAGACAUAUAUAGAAUUUUAGGGAAAUAUGAGGCCAACAUUCAUCUGUUGCACCGUGUUACAAGCGAGGGUGGGCGUUCCUCAUGCGGGUGGGCCUGGCUCAGGCUUGGACUGCAUCACCUUGCAUUGCAUGGCUAUGAUCAGGCCAUUCAGGCAUUUCAGUGCACACUCAAAAUUAAUCCAGAUGAUAGUGCCACCUAUGAGUGCCUGGGAGAUGCCUACUUGGCUCGUGGUGCCCACACAGCUGCUCUCAAGGUGUUUACUUAUGCAUCACAACUGAAUCCUGGAGCACUGUACCCUCUGUACCAGAUUGCUCAUAUUAAACAAAUAACUGGAGAGAACCUUGAAGCUAUAAGAGAUUAUGAAGCUGUACUCAAGCGUGAGCCUAUAAAACCAGUUGAAGUUGUGUCACUGAUUGGGCUGGCUGAAGCUCUCAUAGCCAUUGCAAGAAAGUAUUAUGAACAAUUUUUUCAUGCAAAUGUGAAGGAUGCAUGCCUCCGUGCCAUUACUGCUUUGAUGAAAGCUGCCAGCAUAAAGCCUGAGAGUUCAUGUAUUUGGAAGCUGAUGGGUGAUGCUUGCACUCUGCUUCACCCGGUGCCAGCCUCACUUGCUAAGUUUACGGUACCUGCAAAGCUGAUCCAAAAGGAAAUUAAAGAUUUAGAUGAAAUGACUGUGGUGGACAAACUUCAGAUAUUGCAGAUGGGUGCCAGGUGCUAUGGGGUUGCUCUUCAAAUAGCAGAUGAUGCAGCUCUCUGGCAUGAUUUAGGAGUCAAUACAUAUCUGCAGGGAAAGGUUAUGGAAGCCAAUAACAAAGGAGGUGAUGAGGCUGCUAUUAAAGACUUGAUGGACCGUUCUGUCAUGGCACUAAGAAAAAGCCUAUCUCUGGAUCCUUUAAAUGGGAUGAAUUGGAAUUCUCUUGGCAUUAUUGCUGCUCACAAAAUAUUGGGUGAGUAUGCUUUAGCUCAGCAUGCUUUAAUCAAAGCCUGCGAGUGCCAGCCAAGUGCUGUCACGUGGACUCACCUUGGGGCAUUUUACUUGACUCACAAUGAAUCUCACCUGGCUCAUGAAGCAUUUUCACAAGCACAAGCUUUGGAUCCUUCCUUCAUUACUUGCUGGGUCGGUCAGGCUCUUGUUGCCGAGAGUGUGGGUCAUUCUGAAGCAUUUGAUCUCUUCCGUCACACAACUUUGCUUGGCAUUCAUUUAGAAAGUUGUAUAGGCUAUACCCAUCAUGUGAUGGAACUGGCAUGUGAUGCAAAGAAGCAAAGUAAUGUGCGGACUCAACAUGUCAUUCAACAAGCAAUUCCCCCAGCAACUGACUCUAUGGUCUUCUAUUCUCGAGAAAAGGAGGAAGAUGUUGUGGGGCUAAACAUGGCAGGCUUGACACUGGAGAUGAUGGGGCUGUAUCAGUCAGCUGUAAAAGCUUAUGAAAAUUCAUUGUAUACUGUUCAGAAUGAUAAGCCUGAAGCAUUGGACCUUAUCGAUGGUAUACGCUGCAACCUCGGCAGAGUUCUGACAGCUCAGGGAAAAGUAGAAGACGCCAUGACACAGUUUAAGGCUAUUAAGAACCCAGAUUAUUUCACUCAGUGUGGUUUAGCUCUUGCAAGUUUGAAAGCGGGUCAAUUUGAAGAUGCCUACAAUGGUUACUUUGCUGCCCUGCAUUGGCUAGCUCCUGAUGAUACUCAGAAAUCCCAUAUCCUUGUUGCCUUGGCAUCUCUUCAUUACAAGUUUAAGAACACUGAUGAAGCUAAGAAGCUCCUUUUCCAAGGAUCACAGUUGAAAGGCGCAUCAAUACAUGGAUUACUAGCAUUAGCAGCUUUGGGCCUCAUUUCUAAUGAUGCUGUACUGACAAGUGCAGCCUUGGCAGAGCUUGCUCCCCAUGAGCACAACAAAGAUCAUCUUCAUCAUGUGGCUUUCCUGAGAGCUGCAGAGGCUACAUCACGAGGAAGCACCAAAGAAGCAAAGUCAAUUUUGAGUCGUAGCAUCCACCAACAUCCAUCCAGUGCUCCACUAUGGCGGUCACUGGCCCGCCAUCUCCUCACCACCACAUCAUCGUCUAGUAAUAUAGCUAGCAGCCAGUGCAGAGCUGCUGCCAUUUGUGCAUCUGCUGCUACUAAACUCACUCAGGCAGCAGGAGAACACAAAACCAUUGCUCAGGAUGCUGUAACAAGUGUGAUGGCAACCCUUGGCUUUGAAGCAAGCAUUCGUAGAAAAAUCAAGAGCAAAACAAGUUUAAAACAAGCUCAGCGAGCAGUCCUCAUGUGCCCUGGUUCUCCAGAAGCAUGGGCGAUGCUAGUAGCAGCACAGCUUGCUGCUGGUCACACGCAGACUCAGGUGCAUCUUGGUCCACUGGCAAGAAUUUUGUCUCAAGAAGGAUCUCCCCAGAUAUCUUCUUGGUUACAGACUAUGUCAACAAGAUUGAUUCAGGUGGCAUAGGCACUUAUUGUUGAACAUUAUAACUAAAACUGUCACUUAUUAAAAAUUAUAAGCAUUAUUUUAGAAAUGUACCACUUACUGAAGUCAUUCUUAAUUUUGUCCUUUAAGUUUUUAUGCAUAAGCUUGUUUGUCAGUAUUGACUAAGGAAAUAUCUGUUACUAUGACACUGGCAAUGCACCACAGGACUUGAAUACCCCAUCUCUAUUGUACUGUAUGCAUGGACAUAGGUAAUGCCAUCUCCACACUAGAAAUAUGUGCAGGUCUGUAAAUGUGUCCAUAAGAUAGGAUUGCAUGUGCCUGUAGACUUGGUAUACCUACAGAAAAAUGACAUAGUAAAUAUAUUUUUAAUGAGGUGGAAACCUAGCUCCUGUAUAUUGGUUGAUGUUUAACCAAUGAACAAGUCAUAGGACAAAGACCCACAUUAGGAGACACUUUCCUGUUUCAUGAUGAUCAAAACACUUCCACAUGUUUAACAUUGAAUCUGAAAAUGAAUGUGGCAUAAUAAAAUUAUUCUAAUAUGGUUAUUGCCACUACAUAGUCUCAUUGAAAGCAUUGUUUUUGUUUUUAGAUGUAAAAUAAACACUUGUAUAUAACCUUCAGUUGCAGAACACUACUAGUCUUAGAUUAAGGUGACUUGUUGCUUUAUGGAUGUUUAUUUAUAUAUGGUGAUAUCUCCAGCUUAGACAAUGAAAUUGAUGAUUUGCAGUUGCAGAAAAAAGUUCCUGGACAACCUCUCCUAGGUAGAAAUACUAUCAGGCAACUCAGACAUAGUAAACAAAGGAGUAAAGGCUAUUUUCAUUAAUGAAUUAGCACAGUUUGUAAUGACAAUGGUGACUGGUUGACUGUAUUAAUUGCCAGUACUUUAUGUAUUUAUAUAAAAGAUUUAUGAAUGUAGAUAUAAAUUAAUUACCGUUCAGAUAUAUCCAAGAUUACAGAGCAGAUCACACUAAUGGGAUUCUUCUCAAAAGCUACACACCAGACCCCUAUCCUUACCCCUACAAAUCCUUCCAUUUCCUUUCUGUUAUCUUCCUUACCCAGGCCCUCUACAACUGCUGAUAACCCUGCUUAAAACUCCAAGAUGAUGAUCCUCACCUAUUUACCAAUUCUCUUAACGACCUAGUCGAAGGUACAGAACUCGGUCAUUAAGUGAGGAGUGCCUGUGUAUAUAUAUAUAUAUAUAUAUAUAUAUAUAUAUAUAUAUAUAUAUAUAUAUAUAUAUAUAUAUAUAUAAAUACAAUAGACCAUUAUAUUACACAGUAGUUACGUUUCUGAAAACACCGUGUUAGGUAAAUCCCUGUGAGAUAAACUGAAGAACUUGCAGGAAAAAUAGGGUUACAUUACUGGUAGCCCCAAAAAACCCAAACAACUUUUUUUUUAGACCUCCAGAUCUUGCAAAAAUAAAAUUGAAUAUGUAAUUCUUCAUUGUCAUGAUGAAUUAUGCUGUUUUUAUUGCUUAAGACUACAAAUGCAACAGAAAUAAUAGUAUUUCUUACCUUAAAUUGUGGGUGUUGGUGUUUGUGGAUGAUUGUGAAGAGAGUGGAGAGUUAUGCUGUGGUCCUACUGGUCUGAGGUGGAUGGUAGAGGUCAGUCAGUCAGUAAGUCGGUCAGUAAGUAAGAUAACAUCCUGAGUUAUUCAUUACACAAACUCGUAUAUUUACCUCACUCUUUUUAAUUGAAUGAACUGACAAUUCAUUAAGGCCAUAGGAUCUUGCUAUAUCUACCACAUGUGAGCCACUCUUAAGUUUGUCUAACAUUGCAAUUUUCUUCGUAACUCCAAGACUUAAACACUUAACCUUUUCUUGCCACUUUCAGAAACACUAGUAUGCCUACUGGGUACUAUGAAUGCUUGGCAGAUACAAGAUCAAAAUACAACUCACAAACACAGCUAGCUCUAAGGAGAGAAUCGUACUAGAUGCGUAUGCAUGGAAGGCUCGGACAGGGUUGGCAGGGGAUGGUGGUAGGUCUCCCCCACCAGGAGACAAUGGUCUGACCCUCAGCCAGGUGGCGGUCUGAGCUGGGGAAAUAUUCCGGGGCUACAUUCAAAUUUUUUCUCCGCCCACAAAUGGAACCGUGUUAAGUUUAUCUUAUGUAGUGUAAUACCCAAAAGUGGCAAAUAAAUCCAUGUAAUAUAACAGUCUACUGUAUAUACGUAUUUCAAUAUGCUGGCCGUCUCCCACCGAGACUGAUUACAGACCUGUUAAUAGUCGUAACACUUCCCUUACAAUAUAUUUGGUAACCUUUUCAAAUCAUCAUUUUUUUUUUUUUGUAUAAUAUUGGAUAUAAUAUCCAAAUGGUAAUUAAUUCAUGUAUGCAUCAUAAAUCCAUUUCUAUAUAGAUGCACAGAAAGUACCGGUGAUUAAUUUUGUCAACCAGUCACCAUUGUCAUUACAAGCUGUGCUAAUUCAUUCAUAAAAUUAGCCUUUGCUCCUUUGUUUACUACAUCUGAGUUGCCUGAUAGUAUUUCUGCCCAGGAGAGAGACUCUAGGAAAUUUUUUUCCACAACUGUAUAUGUAAACUAAUAUGUAUGUGAGUCAGUCAAUUUUUAUAUUUGCAGAGAAAAAAAAAAGGCUGAAUCCCAUACAUCAUACAGCUUGUAUUAGUCAAUACAUAUGUAACUAGAAAUCAAUUUAUCGUUUUAGCCUCAAUAUCGUCCAACAACAAAGAUUAUAUUUGAGCAUGUAUUACUUAUGGUUUCUUUUACCCUCGGGUGCUUCAACACAGUUUGAGAAAUAAAACCUGUACAGGUUUAAUACUUAAAAUGAUGAUGAUUGUAUUAUUAUUAUUAUUCAGAAUUAACAUGAAAAGAACAAAUAAAUAUUCAGGAAAUACUGUUGUAAAGUAAGAAUUUUUUUUGAAAAUUGACUUCAAGUAUAUUCUUUCAUAUUAUAAUAAUUGUUAUUUUCACAAAGUACUAAACCCAUAAACACUUUCCUAACAAGUUUUGUACUAAGCAGAAUUCAUUCAUCAGGUAUCAGUAGAUUAUACCACAAAUUACUUUGCUGGGAUCCACUAUCUUUGUGAUUAUUUCCAGUUCAAGACAAGAGAGUUUAGGUAAGACCCCUAUGGGAUGAGUGGGGAAGAUGGGACAGGCGAAGAACAUCAUUGGAGAGGAGUUUCUACAGUCAUACAGGAAGUGCCAGGGCUUAACCCAGCAGUGAGGUGCUCAUGGGGUGGACUGGAGAAACAGGAGGAGCAGGCUGUGUUUGCAUUGGUCUUGUGGUAGUUGGAGGUCUUGAGAAGCUGGCAGCAGGCUAGGUUGCAGGAGAGGGCAGGCAGGUAGGAACAUCAGAGGGCAGCUCACUAGUAGGUGUUAUUGGAGUGAUUAAGGAGGCAGGUUUGUACAGGAGCCAUUUUCAAACUUUGAAGCUGCUGCUAGAGAGGUGGUAUAGAGGCUUGAUGAACUCCAGAACUUGGGUAAGUGUGAAGUGAAGUGGUGACUUGCAGGCAAACUAAACUGUUCCAGCACCAAGGCUUUUGUAGAGCUCACUGCAAGUCAUGGUGUCAGCAUUCAUUGGAGAAGUGUAGAAGGUAAGGUUUUCCCAUGAGGGUGUAUUGGAGUUAUCAAUAUUUUCUUCAGAAGUGGAUUCAAUGGGCAAAUCUACAAUGAUGCUGGUAGGUGACUGUGGGUCGGCAGGAGCAGUGGUGGUGUAUCAACAGGUUUGAAGACAUGGGAGGUGGUGGUUGAGGCAGAAUAAUCAGCAUUGUUGGUGGUGGAGGCGGUUGAAGUUUUUGGAACGGUUGCUUGAGCAGAAAGAGACAGGUCUGCAGGUGCAGUGAUGUUCACAACAUUGGGAAGAAUCUUGAGGAUGUCAGCUGAAGGUGUGGAGUCUGGGAUACUGAAGGCAGGCAUGUUGUUCAGACUGAAGUUUGUUUAUGGUGGUGUUGAAAGUGCUGGAGUUUGCUGUAUUUGCAAGGUGCGCAUAUACCAUGCAAUACAGCACCUUGGAAGGAGCACCGUCCGGAAGUGGAGAGAGUGAGUUGCAGGGCAGAGAGGUCUGUUUGAGUAGCUUGAACAAUCUAGUAGUGUUAGACUGAAGAUUCAUGAUUGCAGCAUAGGUAGGCGAUCUAGAGGAGCUCUUCUUAUUUUCUUCUUGAAUUUUCUUGCUCACAACUUCUUUUCUUAGGGGACACUUAGCUGCAAGGGUAUGAUGGGUAGGUACCCUUACAGUUUAGGCAUGUUGGAGUAGUAUUGGUGAUGGUGCAAGCUUUGUAGUCGUGUCCUUCACUUCCGCAGUUGGUACAAAAUUUCUUGUUCUUGAUGGGGCAGUCUUGUAGUGUGGUUGUAUGAAUAGCAGAUCCAGCAGGGAGAGAGGUUUAAAACGUUCAGGCUCAAUGUUACUAGAGUGUAUGUAGUGGUAUGAAAUGGCCAGUCCAUCAGAUAGAGCUUGGGCAGCCAUAGCAAUGUCUUUGAAGGUGAUCUUGAGCAUAGAUGAGGCAUCAUUAAGUAUCUUUGUAAUGGUUUCCACCGAAGCCCAGAUAUUCUGUUCCUCGAUGGAUGAUUUGAGUUCUUCGUUUGAGAGGGCAGUGACGAUCCUGUCACGAUAUUUUGUGAAGACGGAACAUUUCAUCUUCAAGUAAGGACAGGUGGAGAUUUCAAAGCCAAGGUCAUUCAGAGUCUUUUUGGAAGUAGUAGACAGGAUUUUUCGGCCUCCUCAUCACAGUUACUGGCAACAAGGAAGGCAUCCUUCAGGAUGCCUGCAUCCUUCAGGAUGCUGCAAGUGCAAGCUUUGAGGCUACGAAAUCGUAAUGACAUGAUUGCAAACAUCAUGAAAGUGUGUUUUUGAUUGAUUAUAGUAAGCAUGAGGAAACACUGCUAUAUUAUUUUGUUAUAACAUCUGUCUUGUUUGUAGGUAGUAGGUUGGUAGACAGCAACCGCCCAGGGAGGUACUACCGUCCUGCCAAGUGAGUGUAAAACAGAAGCCUGUAAUUGUUUUACACGAUGGUAGGAUUGCUGGUGUUUUUUCUGUCUCAUAAACAUGCAAGGUUUCAGGUACGUCUUGCUACUUCUGCUUACACUUAGGUCACACUACACAUACAUGUACAAGCAUAUACAGUGGAACCUCAAAAAUCGAACUGCUCCCAACUCAACCAAUUAUGUAAGUGUAUUUUUGUAAGUGCUUUUAUAAGUGUAUAUGUGAGGGUCUGAAAUGGACUAAUCUAAUUUACAUUAUUCCUGAUGAGAAUAAAUUCGUUUGGUAGCGGCACUUGAACAGCCUUCUGGACCGAAGAAAGUUCGAUAUUUGAGGUUCCAGUGUAUAUACACACCCCUCUGGGUUUUCUUCUAUUUUCUUACUAGCUCUUGUUCUUGUUUAUUUCCUCUUAUCUCCAUGGGGAAGUGGAACAGAAUUCUUCCUCCGUAAGCUAUGCAUGUUGUAAGAAGCGACUAAAAUGCCAGGAGCAAGGGGCUAGUAACCCCUUCUCCUGUAUAUAUUACUAAAUGUGAAAGGAGAAACUUUUGUUUUUCCUUUUGGGCCACCCCGCCUCGGUGGGAUACGGCCGGUGUGUUGAAAGAAAGAAAGAUCUGUCUUGUUAAUUAUUACAGACAUAAAUCUCAAGAUAUUCAUUUUGAUGCAGUAUUUAAUGUACACAACAGUACAUAACUAGUUUAAAUAGUUUUCUCUGUGCUCUUACUAUAGAAAAAAAUGUUUCUAAGUACAGUGGACCCCCAGUUAACGAUAUUUUUUCAUUCCAGAAGCAUGUUCAGGUGCCAGUACUGACCGAAUUUGUUCCCAUAAGGAAUAUUGUGAAGUAGAUUAGUCCAUUUCAGACCCCCAAACAUACACGUACAAACACACUUACAUAAAUACACUUACAUAAUUGGUCGCAUUGGGAGGUGAUCGUUAAGCGGGGGUCCACUGUAUACUUGUACUGAGAAUUUGUUGGGGGCACUGUGGAGGCUGAACACUGAUAUACAAAGCUGUACUUUUACUACAUCUGUGUAUUUAUAAUAAUUCAGUGAUAAAGUAUUGGCAGUAAAUUCGAUGGCAGUUUCUUUGUAGGGACUAAUCUAGUUAAAAAUAUCAUAGAUACAAAGCAAUGUCAGCAGUGUUACCCUCCUAUUGAGCAUUUUUAACCCUUAAGCUGCCAGUGACAUCAAUUUACACCAAAAAAAUGCCAUUGACUUAAAUUUCCACUAAAAUCCUUUGGCCUCCAAAAAUGGUCCAUAAUUAUUAUUAUAAUCAUAACCAAACGUUAAACCCAUAAGGAUCAAUUCCACGGAGAAAACAGAUCUGUACAGUAUAAAAAAAAUUAUGUGCAGGGCGUUGUGGGAGCCAGUAAAUGCCGAUCAUAUUUGUUUAGUGUUUACAUUUUAAUGUGAUUGAACAAUGAAUAUAAGAGAAUUAUUAUUAUUAUAAUCAAGGGGGAAGCGCUAAACCCGGAGGAUUAUACAGCACCUGGGGGGGGGAUGUGGAAGGCAUUCAGGCUUAAUUCGGGGAACUGGAGCACAGAUCCAAUUCAAUAUAAGAGAAAAAUAUGAAAACAUUGAUUGUGUAAAACAUAUGACCCAUAAAAAAAAAAAAAAAAAAAAAAAAAUUGGGAAAAUUUAUUUAUUUUUAUUUAUUUUUUUUUUUUUUCAUAUAGCAACUUCAUAUGGCAAGCACUCUUAUUACCAUAAAAUGAUCAUUGUCACUUUCAAACCUUCAUAUUUUAGUAAGCAUUAAUCAGAUUUCACUCAUUCUAAUCUUAUUACACUUAAAAUCAGGAAGAACUUUAUAAGAUAAAAAUAAUUUUAUUUUCAAAAUUGCUGGCACUGGGGCACAUUUACUGUAGACCCUUCAGCAGUUUAACGGUUAAGGGGUGGGUGGGGGGCAGGUGCUUGGAAAAAAUCGAUGUUGGAACCUUUUACAUACGCAUUGCACAUUUCCUUUAACACGCAAUAAUAAUAAUAAUAAUAGUUGUAGUAAUAUUAUUACGAUGGUACAUUCACAGAAAAGGGCUAAACCUGUAGGGGAUAUACAGUGCUGAGAAAAGGGAGGUACUGUAAUCAGAUCUGAUCCAAGGAAGAAAGUACAUACUAUACAGUAGUUCCAUUUCCUUUGAUCAAGAGCUGUUCACCAACAUCAAGGAAUCUUACCUGAAGAGUUUAUACAGGUAAGCAAAGAACAUGAACUGAACACAUUGUUAUUAAGUGAUGAGCUAGCAAGCUCAAGGUGGUCAACAACUCAUUUCACGUGAUUGAUUUUUGUCUUUGUUACAAUUAUUAAAUAAGUUGCCCUAUGGUUCUUCGAUGUAAAUGAAGAGCUUUUGAUCUAAGGAAUCAAACCUGCCUUCCAUUUCCUUAGAACAAACCUGAUUGCCUCCAGUUCCUCUAGUAAAAGGUUUGGGUUCAUUGCUCCCCAAGAAUAUCUUGAUGCAAGGAAUCAGGCAUCCUCCCCUUCCUUGGAUUGCACCAGUGCUAUCCAUUCUCCCAAACACCAAAUGACCCCUUGCAGGUUAUAUGCUUUCCCCUAAAUAUUAUAAUAUUAAAUCAGUGAUAUGGAUGUACUGUAUUUUAAACUGAAAUAAACUUUAUUUUCCA